AUGUCUGGUCCUAUUAAGAGCAAGAACGGUGACAUUUCCAAGGCGCCAACACCGCAAAACACCCCUGCUUCGGUUACUAAUUCCUAUUUGAGAUCGCAGCCUCCUACCGUUUCCACGAUUGAAGAAACCAACGAGGAAAAUGUUGGUCAGCAACUCGCUAACAAUCCGGCACUUUUGCUGAUGAUCCAAGGCAAAUUGGGGGAUCUUGUCGGAGCACAGAGCGGAUAUAUUGACUCUUUGCCAAAGUCUGUCAAAAAGAGAGUCUGGGGUUUGAAGGCGAUCCAACAACAGCAGAUGAAGUUAGAGGCUGAAUUCCAGAAGGAGCUCUUGAGUUUGGAGAAGAAAUACUUUAAGAAGUAUGAGCCUUUGUAUGCAAGAAGAAAAAAGAUCAUCAAUGGCGCUGAAGAGCCCACUACUGAGGAGAUUGAAGAAGGUGAAGCAUUGGAGGAAAAUGACGACGAAGAUACCGAAGAAGCAAAGAUCCAGGAAUUGAAGGAUUCCAAGGCAGAAGAAGACGAUGAAGAAGAAGAAGAUGACGAAGAAGCUGCUGCUGGUAUUCCCGGCUUCUGGUUGACAUCGUUGGAGAACUUAUCAACUGUAUCUGAGACCAUCACAGACAGAGAUUCGGAAGUGUUGGAACACUUGAUAGACAUCAGAAUGGAGUACUUGGAAACCCCAGGCUUCGAAUUGAUCUUUGAGUUCGAAGAGAAUGAAUUCUUCUCUAACCAGAUCUUGACGAAAACUUACCAUUACCAGGCCGAACUCGGUUACUCUGGAGACUUUGUCUACGAUCAUGCAGAUGGCUGUGAAAUUAACUGGAAGCUGAAGGAGAACAAUGUUACUAUCAAUAUCGAAAGAAGAAAGCAGAGAAACAAGAACACCAAGCAGACCAGAACCAUCGAGAAGUUGACUCCUACAGAAUCCUUCUUCAACUUCUUUGAUCCACCUAAGCCUCCUAAGAGGGAUGAAGAAGAUGAUGAAGAAGAGAAGGACGAUGAAGACGAAGAAGACGAGGAAGACGAGGACUUGGAUGCCCGUUUGGAAUUGGACUACCAGUUGGGUGAAGAAAUUAAGGACCGUUUAAUCCCCAGAGCCAUUGACUGGUUCACUGGAGAUGCUGUUGAGUACAACUUUCCAGAAGACUUUGACGGACAAGAAGGAGAAGAGUUGGACAGUGAAGAAGACGAAGAUGACGAGGACGACAGCGAGGACGAGGGCAAACCAAAGGAAAACCCUCCAGAAUGCAACCAACAGUAA